UGGCCGCCGCUCCCGGCCCGGGCUCUGGGUUCCGCGGUUCUGAGGGACCCGGUGGUCCCGGGCGGAGCCUCCCGGGCGCUGGUCCUCUGGGGGCGCAGGAGACCGCGCGCCCCCAGCCCCGCCCCGCACCCCGCACCCCGCGCCCCGCAGGAGCCUUCUGCUACUCGCAACGGGGGCGACCGGCGCGGGCGCGGAGGAUCUUCCCCCGGUUCCACGCGGUCUGCCGGCCGGGGCGCCCCGGACUCGGGCGCUGCUUCUGGAUCUGAACCGCUCGCGACUCUCCGCGCACCUGUCCGGGGGUCGUGGUGGUGGUGGCGGGAGGGAGGCUGACGUCCCGGGCCGGGGACCCUGUCCACCCAGCUGCCCGGCCCUCGGGUGGCCCCGCGUGGCGGGUCUGCCAGCCGCCCGCCUCCAGGCGCCCGCGGGCGUGGCUGUGCCCGGGGGUCUCUGCCCCAGGCGGGUCUGGGGGCGCCGGCCAUGGCCUUCACCUUCGCGGCAUUCUGCUACAUGCUGUCCCUGGUGCUCUGCGCCGCGCUCAUCUUCUUCGCCAUCUGGCACAUAAUUGCCUUUGACGAGUUAAGGACGGAUUUCAAGAGCCCCAUAGACCAGUGCAACCCUGUGCACGCGAGAGAGCGACUGAGGAAUAUCGAGCGUAUCUGCUUCCUUCUGCGCAAGCUGGUGCUGCCGGAAUAUUCCAUCCACAGCCUCUUCUGCGUCAUGUUCCUGUGUGCCCAGGAGUGGCUCACCCUGGGCCUCAAUGUCCCACUGCUCUUCUAUCACUUCUGGAGGUACUUCCACUGUCCGGCCGACAGCUCAGAACUGGCCUACGACCCACCGGCCGUGAUGAAUGCGGACACCUUGAGCUACUGCCAGAAGGAGGCCUGGUGCAAGCUGGCCUUUUAUCUCCUCUCCUUCUUCUACUACCUUUACUGCAUGAUCUACACUCUAGUGAGCUCUUAACCAGAGACCUGUGCAGCCACAGAGACAAAGCCCAGAGCCCACUCCUGCUGUGGGCUGGAGGAGGCCCGGAGGGGACCGGAGCAGAGAGCCAGCAGACGCUUGGAAGGGGACGCUGAGCCAUGCCAUGGCCAUUGGCCCUGGUGAACUGUGCACGUAUGCCGCUCCCCUGCGGGUCAGUCUGUGGCAUCCGCACCCCACACUUUGGGGUGGAAGACGCCCCUGAGCAGAGGUGUGGGGAGAGUUGCCGGCCAAAUGCUGCAUUUUUCCAGAGCGAGUGGUGAUGAUUGCUGCUUCCUGAAGGCACUCUGCGUGUGCACACCUGGCUCCGGGCCCCAGGGCGGACACUGGAAGGAACAGACCAGCCCACAGUCAAGGCUGAGUCCAGGGGGUCACUGCAGACCUCUGGAAUGUUAUACCCCCCAUCAAAACCUCUUGUGUUUCUCAUCAGCUGCUACCUGUGACCAGCCGAGAGCCCCAGGAGUAUCUGUCUGUCUGUCUAUGUGCUCAGCUUGGUGGGACUCGCCCGGUGACACGAGUCAGCCUGGUGGCUGUACUUCCUAAUAGUUGUGUCCCGAGUCAUGGGAACUGGGGGUGCUGAGCCGGUGGAGGGUGGGGGCCACAGAAAAAGAGAUUACAAAAUUUAAUUGCUUUAUUUAUUUAUAAUAUUUUAUUUGCUAGGACAGAGAAAUUGAGAAGGGAGGGAAGAUUGAGAUGGAGAGAGUCAGACACCUGCAGCACUGCUUCACUGCUUGUGAAGCUUCCUUCUGAAGGGGUGACUGGGAGCUCGAACCAAGUCUUUGCACAUGGUAUUAAGUGUCCCACCACCUGCCCCCCUGAACAAGGAUUGUUUUUUCAAACACCGACCACAUGUUCGACAUGCCAGUCCUGCAAUCCUACAAAUGUCGCCACCACAGAGCCACUGGGUGCAAAUCUGUUGCUGGACACUUGGCAAAGCCACCUUUUUCUAAGAAUUCUGGAACAGUCCCCAGGCCAGGACAAGCCAGGAAAUGCUGCAGUGGUUGCUCUGGACCCUGACGGCCCCUUGAGAUGGGAAACCGCCAUGGUGGUGACUUCAUCCUGUGACGUGGCUUCGUCUCCACUGGGAUUGUUCAGCUCAAGGCAGAGAUAGUUGCUGAUGUCAAAUGUGCCACUUGGUGGCUUCUCCCUAUUGGCCAGGCAUGUGGAGGGCCUUGUACAUGGUGACAAGGUAAAGAUUUGUAUUGUGUGGAAAGUGGCCACAUUGGUUUGGACCUUAUUCCUUUGUUGGACACAGCCCUGGAUUCGGUUCAUAAGUGGCAUCUUGUAACCCGCCCUGUGCUAUGAUUACGGCAGCAGUGACUAUGGUG